UCUGGUGAGGCGCGAAUGCGCCCCCACGUGGCGGCGCGCCGCCAGAGCGCGGGUCCCGGAACCGAACUGUCUUACGGAACCUCAGCGCGCAUUCCCAGUUUCCGCGGGAGGAGGCCGGAGGCGGACCUGCGCGUCCCGGUUCCCGUACCCGCUAUGGAAGUGAUGGCUGCUACCGUCCGGGGACUGCGACUUUGGAGAGCCGCCUCUGGCGGCCGGACUGGUUGGAGAUUUAUAGCAACAUCACCUGCAGUUCAACUGUCACCUACCGAGCUGACAGAAAUGCGGAAUGACCUCUUUAAUAAAGAGAAAAAGAGACAGUUAUCACUGACUCCUCGAACUGAGAAGAUUGAAGUUAAACAUGUUGGAAAAACUGAUUCCGGCACAGUUUUUGUGAUGAAUAAAAACAUUUCAACUCCUUACAGUUGUGCCAUGCAUUUGAGUGAGUGGUACUGCAGGAAGUCCAUUCUGGCUCUUGUGGACGGACAGCCUUGGGAAAUGUAUAAGCCUUUGACCAAGUCCUGUGAAAUUAAAUUUCUUACUUUCAAAGAUCGUGAUCCAAGAGAAGUAAAUAAGGUAUUUCUGUCUCCAUGUUCCCCCCUCCCAUUUUUUCCUUUUGUUAAAUUUUUGUGGAAUAUAAAAAGUAGGAAUAUGCCCAAUAUUUAUGUUAUAUUGUUUAAGGAGAAUUUACGUUCUUUCACAAAAGAUGCUCAUGCUUUAAUUUAUAAAGAUCUUCAAUUUGAAACUCUGGACGUUGAUGCAAAAGUGGCAUUAGAAAUGUUUCAACACAACAAGUACAAAAUAGAUUUUAUAGAAGAGAAGGCAUCUCAGAACCCUGAAAGAAUUGUAAAGCUACAUAGAAUUGGUGAUUUCAUUGAUGUGAGCGAGGGCCCUCUUAUUCCAAGAACAAGUAUUUGCUUCCAGUAUGAAGUGUCAGCAGUUCACAAUCUUCAACCCACUGAGCCAAAUCUUGUAAGAAGAUUCCAGGGUCUGUCUUUACCCGUUCAUUUAAGAGCACAUUUUACAAUAUGGGAUAAGCUAUUGGAAAGAUCUCGGAAAAUGGUAACUGAAGAUCAAACUAAACCAACAGAGGAAAGUGUGUCUACCUAAUAACUUCUAAAAUUAAAUAUGUAUAGUAAAAUAAAGGUUUGUAAUAUAAUGUUUUUAUGUGCUUGGAGAGAUAACUGUUUUUCUUCCUAAGAUUGAUAUCCAUCUUUACCUUAUCCUUUCUGUAAGGGUAAAACAACUUAUAUUGCUCCUAAUAAAAAUGUCACACAAAAACAA